UUGGCGGAAGUGACGCUACCCGAGGCGGAAGCGGCGACCUCAUGUGGUGCCGGAUGGCGGCGGCGAUGAAGAUGCUGAGGGUGGCAGGUCUCGAGGAGAUGGGGCGCGUGGCCCGCCUCUCUCCGCGGGGGGAAGACGGCGUGGUCGGGGCGGAGGAGGAGGCCUCCUCGUCUGCGGCCUCUUUGGCGGCGUCUGCCCUUCGCGGUGGCGGCCUGGUGGCGCUGCCCACGGACACAGUCUACGGCGUGGCCUGCCUGGCCGAGGACUCCCGGGCGCUGGAGGCCCUCUACCGCCUCAAGGGCCGCGACCCCGGCAAGCCCCUCGCCAUCUGCCUCCCGGACCUGAACCUCUUGCGCAGGUUCUGCAAGGUCCAUGUUCCGGAGGGGCUGCUGCAGGACCUUCUCCCGGGCCCUGUGACGCUGGUCCUGGAGCGCUCGGAAGCCCUCAACCCAGACCUCAACCCCUUUACCCCGCUGGUGGGCGUUCGCAUCCCCAACCACUGGUUUGCCCGGGAGCUGGCCAGGAUCUGUGCGGCCCCCCUGGCCUUGACCAGCGCCAACCCCAGCCAUAGGGGCAGCACCUUGGAUGUCACGGAGUUCCAGGAGCUGUGGCCUCAUCUCUCACUGGUGGUGGAUGGGGGCCCCCUCGGGGACCCCCACAGCCCAGAGAGCCGCCUGGGCUCCACGGUGGUCGAUCUCUCCAUCCCGGGCAAAUUCAAAGUCAUCCGGCCAGGAUGUGCACUUUCACAGACUCUGGAGAUCUUGGUGGUCAAGUACGGCCUGACGCUGGAACCGCCUGGCUCCUAAAAUCAUCUCUCUGGUUUGGGCUGGUGUUGUUGUUCUCAGCAGCUGUUGUUUUAGGAAGGACUCUGCAGAACCUCCCUCCUUUGGUGCAGAAGACCCUCUUCUCCUGCCUUGCUCUUCCCUGCUCAAAUGGCUCUCACUCUCUGGCUCACUUGACCAUUUACUGCGAAGGAGCAGCUUUUUGCUUCCUUGGAGCAGCUGACUCUUGUGUGUGGAAGGCAGACAGAUCCUGCAAGGAAGCACUGGGACGUGUGGGUCUGCGAACAUUGGGGUAGCAUUAAUCCUGGAGUAAAUGGGGAGCUGCUCUACGAUGGUGGGGCAUCCAAUGGCCUUUGAACUUGUGAGGCCUCUGUGGAAACCCAAAGACAUGGGGCAUCAUUGGGACCAAUCUCAGUAAACAGAAACUUUCUGCAGA